AUCACCAAUAAUAAUAAAUGGCGGACGGACUUGAGCCCCCGCACUCAUAAUUGCAGUUUAAUCCGCCCAUCUAACAUCCGACCUGUCCUUCUCCAAUCUCCACCCUUUUCUUCUCCAUCUUCUUCUUCCUCUUCAGUCCCCUCACCUUCCUUCCUACCUUACCCCAAGUUAAGUAAAUUAAUCCAAACAACACACACAUACCCGCCGAUUUGUUAGUUGUUGCCUAUAGCUCCCUUCCCCUCCUUCCUUCCUUUCUUUCUUCCUUCCUUCCUUCUCGAAGCGGGUGUAAUUAAUACUAAUUAUUAAUAAUAAUAAUAAUAAUAGUAGUUAAUAGAACAAAUAAAGUCCAGAGAGAGAGAAAGAGAGAGAGAGAGAGAGAGAGAGACAGUGUGUGUGUGUGUGUGUGGAGGGGGUGGGUUUAAGGAGGAGGCGAGCAGAGCGGCGUGGUGGGCGUAGAGGGGGAGGGGGUGCUCGAGCUGCGGUGCUUUUGGGGGGCGGAGAGGGGUGGGGGAAGGGAGGGGGAGCCGCUCCUCCUGGAUGGCCGACUGAUCAUGGCCAUCCCCGACGAGGGCGCCGCCGCCUCAGCAGCAGCCGAGGGGAAGGGCUGGGGACUCUGCCGUAUGCCCAUGCCCAUGCACUUCUGGGGCGGCGGCGGCGGCGGCGGCGGCGGCGGAGGGGGAUCGUCGUCCGCGUCGCCGUCGCCGGCGGAACACCACCACCACCACCACCACCACCACCGGAUGGGCCGGAUGGGCCAGAUGGGCCAGAUGGGCGUGCUGGGCCAAGCCCACACCNGAGGGAGCAGCUCGGUGUCGUCGGUGGCGCGCUCGCUGCUCCCCGUGCGCCGCCGCCUCCGCCUCGAUCCGCCCACCAAGCUCUACUUCCCAUAUGAACCUGGGAAGCAGGUAAGAAGUGCGGUGAGAAUAAAGAAUACGAGCAAGUCCCAUGUAGCAUUUAAGUUUCAAACGACUGCCCCGAAAAGUUGCUUCAUGCGUCCCCCUGGCGGUAUACUUUCUCCUGGCGAGACUAUCGUAGCAACUGUUUUCAAGUUUGUGGAGCAUCCGGAGAACAACGAGAAGCCAUUGGAACAGAAAAGCAAGGUCAAGUUUAAGAUUGUUAGUUUGAAAGUCAAAGGACAGAUGGAGUAUGUGCCUGAGUUGUUUGAUGAGCAGAAAGAUCAGGUUGCGGUUGAGCAAAUCCUGAGAGUUGUCUUCUUGGACGUGGAUCGCCCUAGCCCUCAAAUGGAUAAGCUGAAGCGCUUGCUGGCUGAGGCUGAGGCAGCGCUUGAAGCUCGCAAAAAGCCGCCGGAAGACACAGGCCAUCGGGUUGUCGGCGAAGGGCUUGUUAUCGACGAAUGGAAAGAGCGAAGAGAGAAGUACCUCGCUCGGCAGCAGGUGGAAGGGGUUGUUGAUUCGGUGUAAAGUGUGGUUUGUUUACUGCUAGUAUUAUUAUUAUUAUUAAGAUUAUUAUUAUAUAAUGAGGCAUUGUGAUCCUCCUUGUUUCUGGUUGAAUGAAGUGGUUUGAUCGUGCAUUAGUUGUGGUUUAAUUAAAAAGGGAAUGUAUUAGUCUUCUCCUUCUCUAAUGGCUUGGGUGGUGAGGACAAUAAAUGAACCUUUGAUAUGGUUUAUAUGCGGAUUAGUCGAUAAUUCUAAACAUUUUA